UCAUGAGGUCGUUAAAUGGGGAAUGCGAUACUUAAAAAAAUUGAAAAGUUUCCUCAACAAUCCACCACAAUGUCCAUUAAUUCUCAUAAUUUUCAUCCACCGACUGCUAUUUCAGUGCAACGGAUCGUAUUCUAUCGUUCUUCCUUUAAAUCUUCAACUGAUAAACGAUUUUUCAAAAUGAAAAUCUGGGGAAAUAUUUUGGCAGGAAUAUUUUUCCUGCUCGUUCAAUUGACAGCUGGAAAAAAUUUUCGGCCAAUUCUGUUGCCGGGUACCUUAGCGUCAUGGAGCUGGACAAUGUGGAACUACUUCCGCACGAGUCCCGUGGAACUGGGACCAUCUGAAGAUCUGAUGAAGAUCCGACGAAUGUGGAAUCAGCUCGGAGUUAUUCAACGAGUUGGGGUGGAACAGAUUAUUAAUUUUACGAAAGAGCACUCGGAUAUGAUCUUCAUGCGUGUCAAAGUACUGGAGGCAGUGCGCGAAGUUGACUCGGUCUUCAGUCAUUUUACGCAAAAUGUCCUGUCUGAUAAUGAAAUAAUGAGGACCACGGAUUGGUGUGUCUUCGCGUCAAGACAAUUGUACAGUAAUAAGUUAACGGAUAAAAUCGAUGCUGUCAUCAAGACGAUCAUCCCGCCGUAUGAGUUGUAUCCGUCUCUGCCUGCGAUGAUGAGUAAAGUUGGUAAGCAGAGCAAUGCGAGAGCUUGCAGUAACGAGUCUGUAUCAAUACAUUCCAUGCAUGCAGUGUACGAGGGGAUCCUGGCGAUUGAAGCGAGGACAUUCAUCAUCCAAGCAUUCGCUCACAGCUUUCUGUCCCGACAUAAUGGAGCUCUGAAACAAUGUACAUAUCGUAAUGGUAACGCUUACGCCGCUAUCCGGGAGGUGCAGAAUAAAUUUCGAGAUCAUCUUCGAUUGAUCAAUCGAGAAUUCGUGAAGAGAAUGAGCGAAACAACCAACAGAUAUCGAACGUGUGCUGAACAAGAAACAAAUUUUAUCGAAGGUGCCACAUAUUUCACAAUGACUGGGGCAAUAUCGACUGUUCUUGAAUUACCCAGCUCAGUUCAUCUAGGUGAAUUAGGUAAUCCUUCUGCCACCUGCAGUACUAUUGACACCGAGUUAAAAGGAAGACCAUAUUGCUCAGCCAAAUGGAAGGUCUGUGCAACUCAUCCAACAAUUGCUUGUCAUGGUCGGAUCUUCAACUGUAAAUUAUCUUCGGCGGAUUUAAUCGCAUGCCCGACGGAAAAUGGUUUGAAGCGUUACGAUUGGAUCCUACCUGACUCGGUUGCACGGAGGGAUGAUUCAAUCAGAUGUCGGGGUAAAAAACUGGUAGAUUUUCGAGCAAUCGAGGAAACUUGUAUUUGCGAAUGCAACGACAAUCACGUGGACUCGCAAUCUGUCCACAUCAUUAAUCUACGUCCUGUUGAAUCUGAUGCUGCUGAUAAUAUGGUUGUGACAGGUGUCAGGUUCAUUGUUGCGCACGGUAUAAUGCAAUUGCAAAUACAGCAAGGCAAAUUGUCGAUAAAUUUUAAAGUUGAACAAGUGCAUUGGAAGCCUAUUGACGACAUAAGUGAUGAAGUACGUCAUGCUAGACUACAAAGGGCCCCCUACAAGGGUCUCCGUGUUUUGCAAGAAAAUAAAGAUUUCAUGAUUUUGAAAAAAGGAGUGAAUAAUGCAGUUAAUCUCGAUUCGCUGGUUGUGCCCUCCGGAUGUAUUCUGACUGGGGUGAAAUUCGCUUUGACUAAGGGUGAAACGAUCCCGGACCGAAUAUCACUGGCUCUGAUCGCACGAAAAAUCAAACUGAACUCUGGAAACCUGGUGACGAACACGAAAAAAAUUAUUGUUCCCAAAGACAGGCACGAUUCUGCUUUGAGAUAUGACCUGGCGGCGGACAACAGGAUAGUCUGGUACUCAAAAUCAACUAAGUACAUUGAAAUCGACGCUGGUCGAGUCGAUACAUAUGUACAAUACACAACGCUACCCUAUUUCGAUGCAUUACCAGUGGAAUCACGACCUCCAGCUCCUCUGGGGGGAGUGGAACUGUUCUAUAAACCACGGAACCAGGAGAGUGGAUUUAUUUCCCUGGGUCUUAUUGGAUUGAAUUAUACAAAUUACAUGGAAAAUUCAGAGAAGGAUCUUAACAGUAUGUCAGCGCUAUUUCCGCUGCAAAGAGAAUCUCUCGUUGGGUCAUCAGAGAUGCCAUCACAGAAGCUCUUCAUGUAGCUGAAAAUAAUUAAAUAAUAUUCACUAAAUCAGUCGUUAAAUAUUAUUGAUCGAUUGAAUCACAUCGAGAAAUGUCUUAAAAUUUUCUGGACCUGUAUUACAUUAUAUUAUAAAAAGUGUCAGAAUGAUUUUCGUUUUUGAAUUGCAUUUAACAGCUAAAAAUGAAAAACAUUCUGACACAGCUGAUACUAUAAUUAUGAAUAAAAAAAAAAUCUUCUUCAAGCAAAA